ACAACUUUGACAGAAGGCGUGCUCAAAGCUCAAACCAUGACCGGCGAAAACACUUUUUCUCCGAGCGACCAGGCCUUCUCAGCAAACUCUAACCUCCAUAUCACUAUACAAGAAGGUUCCCAAAACAGCGAGCAACUGCUGGAGAAUGAAAACAAUGACCUUGAAAAUGACUGUGAGCAAUUAUUUGAGAUUGAAGGCAAUGAGCCUGAAAGUGAAAGAGAUGAUACAAGUGAUCAAUUAUUUGACAUUCAAAGUAAUGACCAUGAAAAUGACGGAGGUGAUAUAAAUGAGCAUCUGUUUGAAAUUGAAGGCAAUGACCAUGAAAGUAGCAGGGAUGAUAGAACAAUAAUUGAUUAUCAAAAUGGUGGAUCUCAAGAAAAGGCCUAUCCCCCACCAGUUGUGGGUUUGGAGUUUGAUUCAUAUGAUGAUGCCUACAAUUAUUAUAAUUGUUAUGCUAAGGAACUUGGAUUUGCUAUCAGGGUGAAAUCCUCAUGGACAAAGCGUAACAGCAAGGAGAAGCGUGGUGCAGUGCUCUGUUGCAAUUGUGAGGGUUUUAAAACAAUUAAAGAUGCAAACAGCCGCAAGAAAGAAACAAGAACAGGCUGUCUAGCAAUGAUAAGGUUGAGAUUAGUAGAAUCUAACAGAUGGAGAGUGGACGAAGUCAAGCUUGAACACAACCAUUUAUUCGAUCCUGAAAGAGCUCAGAACUCCAAGUCGCACAAGAGGAUGGACUCAGGAGCUAAAAGAAAGAUGGAGCCAACUGUUGAUGUUGAAGUACGCACAAUCAAGUUAUAUCGGACACCUGUCGUAGAUGCAGUUGGUUAUGGAAGCUCAAACUCAAAUGAGGGAGAAACUAACAACCAUGUUGAUCGGUCCAAGCGAUUGAAACUCAAAAAUGGAGAUGCAAGAGCAAUUUAUAAGUAUUUUUGCCGGGUUCAGCUAACCGAUCCUAAUUUUUUCUAUGUGAUCGAUCUCAAUGAUGAAGGGUAUUCGAGGAAUGUGUUUUGGAUUGAUUCCAGGUCUAGGGCAGCGUACAAUUACUUUGGUGACGUGGUUUCAUUUGAUACUACAUGCUUGUCAAACAAUUAUGAGAUUCCACUUGUUGCAUUUGUUGGAGUAAAUCACCAUGGACAAACUAUCUUGCUUGGUUGUGGUUUGCUAGCCGAUGAGACACUAGAAACAUAUAUAUGGUUAUUUAGGGCAUGGCUUACGUGCAUGUCUGGUCGCCCUCCACAAACUAUCAUCACAAACCAGUGCAAGGCCAUGCAAAGUGCUCUAGCAGAGGUAUUUCCUAGGGCUCAUCAUCGUCUUUCUUCUUCACAUGUCAUGCAAAGUAUUCUUGAGAAUAUGGGAGCAAUACAAGAAUAUGAGGCAUUUCAAAUGAUUUUGAGUAGGACUGUAUAUGACUCAAUAAAAGUAGAUGAGUUUGAAUUGGCUUGGGAGCAUAUGAUUCAGAGAUUUGGAAUAAGGGAUCAUGAGUUUAUUCAAACUUUGUAUGAUGAUCGAGAGCAAUGGGUUCCAGUUUACUCAAAAGACACAUUUUUUGCUGUAAUGCCCAAUUUUCAGAAAGGUGAGUCCGCAAACCCAUUUUUCGAUGGUUAUGUGCAUCAACAAACUUCGUUGGAAGAGUUUCUUGACGUUUAUGAUGUAGUCUUAGAAAAGAAGCGUCAGGAAGAAGCUCGUAAUGAUUUUGAGUCGAGAGAAUUGACUCCAAUGUUAAGAACAAGAUGCUAUUACGAGUUGCAACUCUCUAAGUUUUACACAAAAGAUGUAUUCAUAAAGUUUCAAGAUGAGGUUGUGAUGAUGUCUUCUUGCUUUAGCAUAACUCAAGUUCACACAAAUGGACCAAUUGUGACAUACAUGAUCAAAGAACGUGAAGGGGAGGAAAUUAUGAGGGAUAAUAAUAGGAACUUUGAAGUUAUGUAUGACAAAGCAGGAGCAGAAGUUCGUUGUAUGUGCAGUUGCUUUAAUUUAAAUGGCUACCUAUGCCGACACGCCUUAUGCAUCCUGAACUAUAAUGGUGUGGAAGAAAUACCGUUUCAGUAUAUCUUGUCGAGAUGGAGAAAAGACUUUAAGCGGUUGUAUGUACCAGAUCUUGGGAGCAAUAAUGUUGAUAUCACAAACCCAGUUCAGUGGUUUGAUCAUUUGUAUAGAAGAGCGAUGCAAGUUGUUCAGGAAGGGAUGAUUUCUCAGGAUCACUAUAUGGUAUCUUGGCAAGCAUUUAAAGAGUCUUUGAAUAAGGUCCGUCUAGUAGCAGAUAAGCGUGUAUAGUUUAUAACAAUGUGUAUCUGAAGCCUUCCAUCGUUCUUGCUGGAGAGAUGAUAUGCUGGUAUUAAUCAAUACCCAGGAAAAACAACAGAGAAAAAGACCGGUGAUCUACUGCAUGAAUAGAAGGGUAGAACCAAGGAAGACAACUGAAUACCGGGAAUUCAUAGAGAAGAAUCAGCAGAGAAAUUUCAGGUGUUUCUGGCACGUGCAAGAAGAUGAAAGUUGUCAUUGAACAGUACAGAAGGUUAAGAUCUACCCCAAG